AUGAAUCGACGCGGAACUGCCCCACGGCCCUCUACUGUGCAGAUUAUGAUAGAGCUCUUGCUUUCGGACCGCGGCGACGACGUAGCGGUACUUAAAACGGGUAAAAAUUGGGUCGCGAACUUUCUAGUUAACUCAUCACGCCUCACGGGCGUUGGUUGCGAUGCCACAUUCAAUGAGAACGUCGUCUCCAGCUUUUUUCCUUCCAUCGCAGUAACAAAGGCAGUAAGACUAAGACCAUCAUUGACAAUCCAUUCGGAUACGUCAAGCCUGGGGAGAUGUUGCUAA